AUGGUGAUAGUGAAAAGUGACUUCCCUCCAACAACGAAAGGGACAGCAAAGUCCAAGCCACCCCAUCCUUCUAAGACGCUGACCAGAGCGAUGACGGACGGCGGGGAGAUGAGCCAUUUCCAAGCACCGGCUGCGGUCUUUUCCAUCCAUAGAGAGUGUUCACUACGAGCCAAGGAAGGGAAAGGCUCUCUCAGAGAUUCUACGACCAGGCCUCAGAGCACGAAUUCGUCCAUCAACUGUCGUUCCGCCUACCACCACUGCACCUCGAGUAUCACGGGCUCCCCGCACCCGAAGAGAGCCAUGGAGCGUGACUGGCAUCGGUCGAGUCGGUUCUCCGAGGACCAAGAGACCUCCUGCAGUGACCUCGAUGGACAGUUUUCCCGAUGUGAACCGGUGGGAGAACCUCACAACAACCCCAUGAGCGAGCUUCCUCUGGCAUGCUGCAAUGACCAUGUCAUUUUGACCCUUCGGGAAAUGACUCAUGGUACGCCGGGUGCAUCCAGGAUUCUCGACAGCGUCUUGGAGGGGACCCUUCCAGUAUCCGAAGACGAUUUUAAAGAGGCAGAUCCCCUAGUGUGGAAUAUCGGGCUCUUGGCCUCGGCUUUCAAAGGGGACGUGACACAUGUCAGGCAUUUCCUCCACCUAGGAGCAGAUGUGGACACUCAAGACAGCUUCGGACGCAGACCUUUACAUCUGGCAACUCUUACAGGUGCCUACGAAUGUGUGAAAAGACUGGUCCGUGGCAAGGCUACCAUCGAUGUAUGGGACAAGGAACACAAAGUGACACCGUUGUGUUGUGCUGCCAUGGCCGGGUCCCUGGAAUGCAUCAGGUUCUUGGUGAAUCAUGGGGCUAACAUCAAUGCAGGCGUCCUCACACAUGGCGUGUCUGCGCUCAAAUAUGCCGUUACUGCCAAUGCAGUGGAAUGCGUUUCUUAUCUCCUCCAGCACGAUGCAGAAGUGAAUUUCAUCCAGGCCUACAGCGAGACCCCCGUCCACGUGGCAGCUGGCGAGGGAUUCGUCCAAUGCUUGGACAUGCUCCUCCAGCACGGCGGAGACACGCGGUCGUUGAGAGGAGUGAGUCGAAUGACUCCUCUUCACCUGGCAGCCGAAGACGGUGCCUCGGAAUGCGUGAAACUCCUUCUGAAAGCAGGGAGUGACGUCCACGCGACCAAUAAUCGCGGGCGAACUCCACUUCAUUUGGCUGCCUUGGCCCAAUCCACCGAAAGCGUACUGGCUUUGGUUCAAGCAGGGUCGGACCCAAACUCGCAAGAUGCGGACAAAAGAACUCCUCUUCACGCUGCAAUCGUCAAAGGCGCGAGGAACUUCGACAACGUGCGUGUCCUACUGGAAGCCAAAGCUAGUCCAAAUAUGCAGGAUUCCUUUGGAUACACUCCACUUCACCUUGCUGCAUUGAACGAAUACUCAUCGUGUGUCAAAAUGCUCCUCGAAUAUGGGGCAGACGUGACUAUCAAAACCAAUGGUGGAAUCACGGCUCUGCAGUACAUUGUCAGGAAAAGUCCCAGUUCUUUGGCCAAGUUUCGGGAGAUGUUCGACGAAAGCGUCACCCUCAACGACGAAAUGAACGACCGGGACAUGGAACUCAAGCUGAAUUAUAGCGUUCUGGUACCACAAGGUCAUAAGAGCGAGACAUCACUGUUUGUUCAUCUCAUCAAUUGUGGACAGCGUAGACUUCUCAGGCAUCCACUUUGUGAAAGUUUUCUGUAUCUCAAGUGGCUCAAAGUCAGAAAGUUCUUUUUCUUCAACCUUGUUUUCUACCUCUUCUUCGUGGUGCUUCUCACCGGAUAUAUUCUCAAAGUCUACCGAGAAGAAUGUCUAAAGCGAGGACAUGCAAACUCUACUGCCUGCAAACAUCUGGAGACGGAACAGGGAAGAGAAGAAUUUCUGCAGGGACCAUUAAUCCAGGUCAUUUGGUACUCCAUGCUAGUGUUUCUUUUUGCUUUGCUUCUAAAAGAGGUGUUUCAGAUAAGCCAGGGUGUGAAAGAAUACUUUCAACUGUGGGAGAACUUUCUCCAGUGGGCCAUAAUCGUUCAAACAAUGUUCCUCAUCAAACUACAUUAUGAGGAGGCAUUUCUCCCCACAUGGACAUAUCAUCUAGCAGCCUCAGCGAUUCUUUUCGCCUGGACCGAGAUGAUGCUCUUAAUAGGACGGUUUCCCCUCUUCGGUCUCUACAUCCAAAUGUUCGCAAUCGUCCUCAAGGACUUUGCAAAGUUCUUAUUUGCAUAUUCUUGCCUGAUUGUAGCCUUCUGCUUGAGCUUUAUGGUGCUGUUUCACAAUAAGGAUCAAUUUAUGAAUCCAGGCGAGGCCUUCAUCACAACACUGGUCAUGAUGACAGGAGAAUUUGAAUACUCAGAUGUGCUCUUCUUCAAUACAGGAAACAAAAAAGAUAGCAAUAGCAGUGAUGCCAGCGAUGACAAAAGUGAAUUUCCUGGUACAUCUCAUGUCAUUUUCCUCUUGUACCUCCUAAUAGUGAGCAUCAUCUUAAUGAACCUGUUGGUUGGUCUGGCUGUUAACGAUAUCCAGGGCCUCCAAAAGACAGCAGGCCUGGAGCGACUGGUUCGUCAAACUGAGCUCAUAGCGCACAUCGAGUCCACCAUCUUCAGCAAGUGGUUUUCUAUGUUGCCCUCCAAAAUUCUCAAUAUUCUCCACAAGGCAGCUCUUGUGGUUCCUGAAGCCUAUAGAUGGACCAUCUACAUCCGUCCAAAUGACCCACGGGACAAACGCCUUCCAAGGGAUAUUGUGGAGUCUGCAUUCAGAUUGGCGAAGACGAAGCGCAAGACUUUUAAUGCGCAGCGAAAUGCAAUACGUGGGUAUUCCGUCUACUCGAGCCCAUCAGAUAACGACGCAUUUGAGUGGGGUGAGAGCAUGGAGCACAUGGAGCAGAUGAAGGGCAUGCUGAACACACUGAUUAGUGAUCGAAAUCUGAGAGAUACCCAGAUGGAUUAUUUGGAGCAGAAAGUUGACAAGUCAGAAGAAACUCUAGGGCAAGUGAAGAACCAGCUACAAUCCCUCCAAGCUUCCCUAUUGAGCUUGCACAAGCUCCUGGACAAUAAAGAUGUAGAACUAAAAGAAGAAAAUGUUCAAAAUGGGUAUGUCAAUACUGCAAUGACAGAUGACCAGAAUAAUGUUGAUGAUCAUUCCCACUCCAGUGGAAGUCACAUGAUGAGCCAAGGAUCGACAAACUCUGUCCACAGUGGUGAGUUUUGAAUACGAGUUAAUAUUUUUCAACUGUGGAUAGCAGUCUCCUUCCAAAUUAAAAACCCAGUGCUUACAUUUAUUUCCAUUUUGAGGCCUCAUGAUUCAUCAAGCUUUGGUGUGAUUCCAAACUUACUGUGAUGAAUGACAAUCAUGGAACUUCCAUACCAUCAUCUCUUUGCUGAUCUUUCUGUUGUGAUGUCUUCCCAGUUUCUUAUGGAUAAUACAGGUUCUUUUUUUAUUCAA